AUUUUUUGAAAGAUGAAUUCUAAAUUGAUUUUAAAAGAGUUUAUUGAUUCAAAUGUGUUAUUUAAACUAAUUUAUAAGACCAAUGUCAUGAAUAAUCAGUUGUUAGUAAAAAAUAUAUUGAUAUUAGAUUCCUCAUUUAACCCACCGCAUAAAGCACAUUUAUCGUUAAUUAACAAUUCAAUAAACUAUUAUAAUACAAAGAUCCAUAAGGAAAAGAUUGAAAAUGAGGUCCUAUUAUUAUUUUCUACCAAUAAUGCUGAUAAGAAAUUUGAUAAUACAAUUGAGGAUUUUUCAAAUAGAUUGAAUAUGGUUAAAUUAUUUGCGGAUUAUAUUAAUGUCUACAGUGGAAAUAAUGUUAGAAUUGGGUUAACAAAAAAUGCUAAAUUCAUCAAUAAAUAUAAUAGUAUAAAAGAGGAGUUUUCUAGCUUGAAAACUGAUAUUAAUAAGUUUAUCUUUUUAAUGGGAUUUGAUACGUUAAUCAGAGUUUUUGAUUCCAAAUAUUAUAAGCCCUUGACAGUAGAAGAAUCUUUAGAUGAGUUUAUUAGAAAUUCCAGAUUAUUUGUUUUAACAAGGAAAAUGAAUGAAAAUGAUAGAGAUAGUUAUGGGUUACAAACUGGGUAUUUAGAUAGGAUUUCUAGGACCGAGAAAAUCAUUCCAAUUGAUUGGUUAAGCCAUAUAGAUUUGAUAGAAAACAGUGAAAAGGAAAUGACAAGUGUGUCUUCAUCGGAUAUCAGAAAGAGAAUUGGGUUGAAUGAGGACGAUUGGCAAUUCCAUGUGGUUGAUUCCAUCAGAGAUUACAUUAUUGAAAGAGGAUUGUAUAGAGGUAGAUAGUAGAAUAGGAAAAUAGAAUUGGAUAAUAUACUUGUAGGCAGAUAAAGCCAGUCUAUAUCCGUCGGGCGGGAGUAGCUUUUCG